GCACGUUGUGCGCAUGCGUGAUAAUGGUUGCCUCCAUGGACGUGCGCUUGACCGCAGUGUGUUUAGGUUUCUCACUGGAUCUGGAGUGUUAGAGAGUUUGUUCAUGGUUUUAGAUUUAUUUCCUCUGCGAACUCAGCGCCGGUGUUACUGAAACUCUGUAAGCAUGCGUCUGACGGCUCUGCUCUCCAUGGCGGCGAGGGCUGCACUUCCUGGUGAUUAUCGCUACGGGACGAACAGACCAUGGACUGCAGCGGCACGGAGACUCAACCCCCCAGGGAAGAGGAGGAGGAAGGUGUUCGUAGAGCCGAUCAAACCCGAGGACUGGAGUGUGUUCAGAGGAGACGUGGUGGAGAUCCUCUCAGGUAAAGAUAAAGGGAAGCAGGGGAAAGUCACUCAGGUCUUCCGCCACCGUAACUGGGUCAUCAUCGAGGGGCUUAACACGCACUACAGGUAUGUGGGCAGGUCUGGAGACUACAGAGGGACGUACAUCGGGAGUGAAGCUCCUCUGCUGCUGAAGGACGUGUCCCUUGUGGACCCCACUGACCGGAAGCCCACGGAGACGGAGUGGAGAUUCACGGAGGAGGGAGAGAAGGUUCGGGUUUCCAUCAGGACAGGGCGCAUCAUCCCCAAACCCGUUUUCCAAAGGAGGGACGGCAUCAUCCCCCAGCAGUGGAAAGACGGACUGAAGGACACAACUCCUGAGGAUGCUCUGGAGAAAACCUACACUCCGUCACUGAAGACUCUGGAGGAGGAAGUGAUGGAGAAGAUGAACAUCCAGGAAGUGAGAAGACCCAGAAGAAGCUUCUGGUACUGAGACGGUCCAGCGAGAGGACAGAGGAGUGUUCGUUUAGCUGUAAUGACCAUCUGGAUUCGCAAUAAAACAUGUCUUUGUGCUC